AUGUUUACUCUCACCGAUUCAGUGCUCGCCCUGGGCACCUUGGUAACCAUAGGCGUAUUUUGCGGAGGAGUAUAUUUUACCAGUUUGCAAGGCGAAAUUCAAGAAAGGCGCCAGAAUCAGCCAUUGCCAAUUCGAGGCUGCUGCAUCCAAUGCACUCUCCAGCUUUACGGCCCAACACUCAAGGCAAAAUUACAGGCCAUGAGUACAUGGUUAGCAAGAUUUUUCGGACUUGAAAGGACGGUGGCAAAUUUAAAGGAUUGCAUCGCUCUCCUAGAGCUGGCUGCGUACUGGUGGAAGGCAGCAUCGCAGCAUGCCAAUGUGGAACAACAAGAGAAUGCGGAAGCGGAACAGCAGGAACAGGCAGAAGAGCAAGAACAAGAGCAGCAAGAACAACCAGAAAUUCCUGAACAGCAAGCCAACCCCCAACAACCUCCCCUCUUCCCAGAACGACGGCGCCAACGAGACGAAAACCUAGUCCCAAUGAGAAACAUAGGACGGUUCGUCGAGGAACAAGAAGCACCUACACAACUAGUAAUCCAAUCAUCAACCCGUUUCCUCUACAGACACCACACCAACGGAGAUAUUCUGCACUAUCUCCAAAAGUCAGGCGUCGCAUACCCCGAUAUGAAUGGUUGUAGAAGCGCGUCAUUCGUCAAGAGACUGGUCGACUACACCAAUCAGAUGCUCUAUCACAGCAACCUCCAUGCUGGAAGCCGAUGGGAAGAUGUUAGGAAGCGGUCCAAAAUGACAAGCAUUGAGAGGUUUUGGGAGUCCAUUCAUGAAGUUAACCCUCCAACUGGCGAUCAGAAGGAGUGUCCGCUCUGCUAUGAGGGAUUUUCCACGCCAAUGGCGGAUCGUUCAUGUGGAAAUGAAAGGGCGGUAUACGAUAAGACACAUGUUGCGGUGUCGAUGAAGUGUAAAAAGGGUCAUAUUUACGGUGCAUCCUGUCUCUGGGAGGUGAGUAAUGAUCCCGUCCAGAAAUUGCCGCUUGACCCCAACCAUUCGAUUGCUCGGUACAAUUAUCCAAGAAGAUUUAGAACAAUCCGAUAUCCGUAUUGUUCCAAAGCUUCUCGAAUAACAGCAGAGGUCGUCAGAGGAUAUUCAAAUUCAAUGUGGAGUACUUCUGCAAGGAUAUUUGCUAACUUCAAAAGUGGUUCCGCGAAUGUAGCAGCGACAGUCAAAACACAUCAUGUUUACUAUGUCGUACACCUCUAGACAAGCUUUACGACCAAGAAUCUCUCCACGGCAAAUGGAACCACAAUGUGGCUCGGAUACGCUACUUGGCGAAUGAGCGUGCGAGGCUACAGAAAGCUGAUAAUUACUGGUCCUGGUUGGAUUUGUUCAACAGAAUCAACUUGGAUCAAUGGUUCGAAAUUUCCCAGGAAGAAUGGGAGCUUCAAUUGAAAGACGUCUUGCUGGGCCUGCAAUACUUUGACAGCAUGCAGGAAUGUCGUCAGACAAUCGAAAGGGCUUACCUCAUUCUCCGUGGGCUACGAAAUAUCGGCUGGAGAUCGAAGAACCCGGUAAUCAUCAAGAGCAUGACUGAUAGAAAUCUCGACACCUAUCUUUCCGAACGGUAUUAUGUCAAACAUCUUAAGAACAUCCCCGAGACAAAGGAUCUACUGGGGACUGUCGAAUCCCUCUCCAAGCAAAUAAUCGACAUGGUUUUUGAGCUGAAGGGAGAGGUCUUCAAGCCAUCACUCACCCACCGCUUUGUUAGGCAAUCGACCAUCUUCUGGAGCAAUGACAGGAUAGAAUGGCAAUUAAUGCAACGCAUUCCCGUCUGUCAAAAGAAAUGGAUCCACGAUGUAAAGAUGACGAAGGAUGCGCUCGAGGAGACAAGGAAGUGGAAAGUGCAUGAACAAAGCUCGACUAUCAUGGACAAAAAUAAUUCUUACGAACAACCCCUCGACCCUGAAGCUCAUCUUCCCAACGGAAUCGGCAUCCAUACAAGAAUGGCAGAGACUUAUCUGCAGAAAAGAUUAAGCCUACUGAUGGGCUUUAUGAGUCCAGACCAGCACCUCCAAGACCAGCACCUCCAAGACGGCUCAAUGACUGUUGAGCAAAUUCAGGCUGUUGCCAAAAACAUGUUGAAUUUUGCGAAGGUGAACAGCCUAGAUAAAGAGGGUAAAGAAUGGUGGGCAUCUCCUGGAGAUUAG